AUCUACAAGUACGUGCGUACGUGUACUUGAAUUGGUGAUAUAUGAAAUUCACCUAUCCUCUUGCAGAAAAUAUGGCAAAGCAAUCGUACAAGAAGAAGAAGGAGGAGGAGGAGUAGGAGGAGGAGAAGGAGGAGAGGUGGUAUUGCUUUCCGCUAGUGCAUGGACCACCAAAGAGAGGUGGUGUCAACCAAUAAAAUCCACUUGUUAAGCCAGAAAGACAAACCUUUUCCAGACCUUUCUGACACUACUCUGUGACCCAAUUGGUUGAGACCGGGGCCCACCUUCCCCACAGUGGUCCACUAGUUGGGACAGAUGACAAUCCGAAAGGUCACCCAGUGGGACCCAAGACGUGGCACCCCAUCACCACCACAAACCUUCUCUGAUCGAAUCUACACCGUCCAAUCAUACCAUCCCAAAGCCAAUAAAUCCGAGGGGCCUGAUUCUUUAUCGUCCAUGUCCUCUCUGUUAUAUUACCGUUUCAGUAACUCCCUCUGACCUCAACCAAAACCAAGCCCUAACUUUCCCUCGAAUUCUCGGGAAACAAACGGUCCAAUUUCCCCCGAAAUGACGUCGUAUCAAGAGCAGGACAUGGAUCAAGACGACGACGGAGGGGGCACCUCCGAUCUCAGCACCAGCACCGGGGACCCGGAGGAGAACCCUAAUCACAAGGGCCUCUCGAAACCAACAAACUUCGAGAAUACGAUGGCGAUUCAGGCCAUCCCGUUGAAAGAAGAGCCCUUGGACUCGGACCCGGACCCGGACCCGGACCUGAAGAACCACCAGGCUCUCCCGCCGGUGACCCCCGCGCAGCCGAUCGGGAUGGUCCCCGUCGGGAUGCCAGUGCCGGCGGCGAGGCGGUCGUCCACGAAGGACCGGCAUACGAAGGUGGAGGGUCGUGGCCGGAGGAUCCGAAUACCCGCCACUUGCGCCGCCCGGAUCUUCCAGCUGACCCGCGAGCUCGGCCACAAGUCCGACGGCGAGACAGUCCGGUGGCUGCUCGAACACGCCGAGCAGGCCAUCAUCGAGGCCACCGGCACCGGAACCGUCCCCGCCAUCGCCGUAUCAGUCGGCGGCACCCUCAAAAUCCCCACCAGCACUACCUCCAACACAACCACAGUCCCUUCAUCCACCACCACAUCCACCAAGAAACGAAAACGACCGUCGAACAGCGAAUUCGUGGACAUAAACGACGCCGUGUCGCAGCCGUCGACUCUGGCGCCGGUUCAGCCCGCCACGCCCGCGGUUCCUCAGGGUCUGGUCCCGGUCUGGGUCGUGGGGAACUCGGGCAUGAUGGUCCCAGCCAACGCGUUCUGGAUGAUCCCCCAGGCCCAGCCUGGACCCUCCUCGAACCAAAGCCCCCAGAUAUGGGCCUUCUCUCCCACGGUCUUCAACAUGUCGGCCAGGCCUAUCUCAUCUUUUAUCGACGCCAACGUAAAUGUUCCCACCGGCGUGGAGCUGUCGAACUCUGCGGUGAGCACGACCUCCAUCGGGGCCAAGGUGGCGAAGAACUCGUCGUCAACGAUGGCGGCGAGUGUGAGUUCGGGUGGUGGGAGUAGUAAGGCUCAGAUGCUGAGGGACUUCUCGUUGGAGAUUUACGAUAAGCAGGAGUUGCAGUUGAUGGGUCGGGCUGGGAACCAGCAAACCCUUUCUUCGUCUUCGAAGCCAUGAAAAUGGAGGGAGAGAAACAGUGGAUUAAUUAGCGUUCGCAAUUUGGGUGCAAUUUCCCACUGCACAAGAACAAGAUAAUAAGAAUCAUGAAACAAAUGUAGGGUUUUUUUUUUUUUUUCUUAAAUAAUUUUCCUGUUCCUCAUUUGUGUUACCAAAUGGAUUAGUGAUGUUAAUGUUUUUGUUUCUCU